GUGAGUAUCGUGCUAACAAGAAUGGGCUGCCAGUAGAGGACACCGCGCGCCGCGGCGCUCUGCUUUCGCUCUAACCCUCAGCAUGAAGCGCCUUCUGCCACAUUGCACCGUCAAUCCUGUGGAGGCCGGGCGGGAUUAUCGCAAAGCACGUCGAUAGACGCGUUUUCCGUGGCCUGAGGCUUUAAUAAUUCUUAUCCCGCUUUCGUCCCUGAUCACUCGAUCAGCAUCUUCGAUCAAAACAUACCGUAUUUAGUAACAUUACCGAUCAGGUCCAGCAGACUGCGCGUUCCUGGAGUCCUCCUCGAUCGGCAGGGUAGAUUCAGAUCCUACCACUGUCGACAGUCCGCCGACGUCAAUCCUCGAACAAAUCCCCAGAUGUCGCGAAUACUCAUCGAGGUCUGUGCAGACUCCGUCGAAUCUGCGACUGCGUUCGUUGAAGCAUCGGUUAUCAUGGUCCCGCUAAACUCAUGUUUACGAAUUAGAGCUGUCAAAGGGGGAGCCGACCGUCUCGAGCUUUGUGGUAACCUCGCCUUGGGCGGCGGGACAACCCCCAGCGUAGGUCUCUACAAAGCUGUCAGGGAAGCUGUGCCGAACGUCCCCCUCAUGGUCAUGAUCAGACCUCGCGUGGGGGACUUCGUGUACACCAAAUUUGAGCUCCAAGUCAUGCUCGAGGACAUAUCCGUUUUCAACGCCUUGAAAGCGGAUGGAGUAGUAUUCGGAGCUUUGACAAAGGACGCAGCAAUCGACAUAAAGGCAACGAUUCAGUAGGUUUAUCGUCCAUGAGAGUCGGUAAGACUCACGACGCGGUAGACUCGCAGCAGCAGCUCGGCCGAUGGAGGGUUGGUCUGUCAUAUGAACAAGAGCAACGUGGACACUGAAAACAUUCGUGCUUCAGUUUGCUUCCACAGGGCGAUUGACAUGACACUAAAUUUGGAAGAAGGUAGCAUUCCUUCCCAUUAUCGAGGAUUUUAUCGUUAAAGGCGUCGUACAAGCUUUUCGCACAGUUAAGACCAUACCUGGUAUUACGCGGGUCCUGACCAGCGGGCAUGGCAAGACAGCGCCGUCGGCGCAGUCGCUGGAAGUCCUCGAAGAACUCUUCAGGAUAAACUCAGUAAACGAGCACAAGUCCUGUUCGAUAAGUAUCCUGCCUGGAUCUGGAAUUAAUCCGAAGACGGUUGGCGUCAUCCUCGACGCCUUGCUGCCACUGGGCCUGCGGGAAAUACACUUCAGCGCCGGGGGAUGGGUACCAUCAGAGAUGGCCUACAAGCCCGAGGGUAUGGGAAUGGGUAUAGGUGGUGAGGGCGAAUGGGGCAUAUGGCGGACUAAAGAAGGGACUGUUCGCGAGGUGAGACGCGCGGUAGAUGAGGCCUUGCAGCGACACAGCGAAUAGCGCACAAAACGAAGAGAUCCUAGCACGAAUUUAUUACAGUUCAAUUACCCCCGGGAGAGAAAGUACAUAGGUUGUGCAGGAGAAUUGUGAAAGCCGAAAUCUGCUUGGGCCUGCG